AGAGUCAGAUCAUCCUGAAGACGGUGUGGGACCAUGUUCUGAUGAAACUUUCCAGCAGCUCCAGGCGGAGAUCGAGUCCCUGCGUGGUCAACAGGAGGAGACCAGCACUGAGAACCAGCAGCUCAAAGUGACCAAUCAGGAGAUGGAGACACGGCUGGAGGGGAUCCAGCGGGAACUGCAGGAGGCUCAGGAUCGGCUGGUCACCCUCCAGGAGGAAGCAGCUCACCGGGAGGAGAGAGAGAGAGAGUCUGAUCAUCUUGCAGGCGGCGUGGGACCAUGUUCUGAUGAAGCUUUCCAGCAGCUCCAGGCGGAGAUUGAGUCCCUGCGUGGUCAACAGGAGGAGACCAGCGCUGAGAACCAGCAGCUCAAAGUGACCAAUCAGGAGAUGGAGACGCGGCUGCAGGGGAUCCAACAGGAGCUGCAGGAGGCUCAGGAUCGGCUGGUCACCCUCCAGGAGGAAGCAGCUCACCGGGAGGAGAGAGAGAGAGAGUCAGAUCAUCCUGCAGACGGUGUGGGACCAUGUUCUGAUGAAGCUUUCCAGCAGCUCCAGGCGGAGAUUGAGUCCCUGCAUGGUCAACAGGAGGAGACCAGCACUGAGAACCAGCAGCUCAAAGUGACCAAUCAGGAGAUGGAGACGCGGCUGGAGGGGAUCCAACAGGAGCUGCAGGAGGCUCAGGAUCGGCUGGUCACCCUCCAGGAGGAAGCAGCUCACCGGGAGGAGAGAGAGAGAGAGUCAGAUCAUCCUGCAGACGGCGUGGGACCAUGUUCUGAUGAAGCUUUCCAGCAGCUCCAGGCGGAGAUCGAGUCCCUGCGCGGUCAACAGGAGGAGACCAGUGCUGAGAACCAGCAGCUCAAAGUGACCAAUCAGGAGAUGGAGACACGGCUGGAGGGGAUCCAACGGGAGCUGCAGGAGGCUCAGGAUCGGCUGGUCACCCUCCAGGAGGAAGCAGCUCAUCGGGAGGAGAGAGAGAGAGAGUCAGAUCAUCCUGCAGAUGGCGUGGGACCAUGUUCUGAUGAAGCUUUCCAGCAGCUCCAGGCGGAGAUCGAGUCCCUGCGCGGUCAACAGGAGGAGACCAGCGCUGAGAACCAGCAGCUCAAAGUGACCAAUCAGGAGAUGGAGACGCGGCUGGAGGGGAUCCAACAGGAGCUGCAGGAGGCUCAGGAUCGGCUGGUCACCCUCCAGGAGGAAGCAGCUCACCAGGAGGAGAAGGAAGGAGAGUCUGAUCAUCUUGCAGGCGGCGUGGGACCAUGUUCUGAUGAAGCUUUCCAGCAGCUCCAGGCGGAGAUCGAGUCCCUGCGCGGUCAACAGGAGGAGACCAGCGCUGAGAACCAGCAGCUCAAAGUGACCAAUCAGGAGAUGGAGACACGGCUGGAGGGGAUCCAACGGGAGCUGCAGGAGGCUCAGGAUCGGCUGGUCACCCUCCAGGAGGAAGCAGCUCACCGGGAGGAGAAAGAAGGGCUCCAGAGAACUCGUUCCAUUCGACGCCGAGCCGUUCCCGACAAACGGGACACGCCGGGAGAGGAGUCUGGACUGAGGGUCGAGGGUCAGGACGUGACCCCAGAAGCAGGUGGAGAUGUGGCCCAUGAGGAGACAGAGGCUGCCUCAGCAAGAGAUGAGGCAGCGGAGAAAAUUGAAGAGCUCCAGGCAGAGAUCGAGUCCCUGCGCGGUCAACAGGAGGAGACCAGCGCUGAGAACCAGCAGCUCAAAGUGACCAAUCAGGAGAUGGAGAUGCAGCUGGAGGGGAUCCAACGGGAGCUGCAGGAGGGUCAGGAUCGGCUGGUCACCCUCCAGGAGGAAGCAGCUCACCGGGAGGAGAAGGAAGGGCUCCAGAGAACUCGUUCCAUUCGACGCCGAGCCGUUCCCGACAAACCGGACACGCCGGGAGAGGAGUCUGGACUGAGGGUCGAGGGUCAGGACGUGUCCCCAGAAGCAGGUGGAGAUGUGGCCCAUGAGGAGACGGAGGCUGCCUCAUCAAGAGAUGAGGCAGCGGAGAAAAUUGAAGAGCUCCAGGCGGAGAUCGAGUCCCUGCGCGGUCAACAGGAGGAGACCAGCGCUGAGAACCAGCAGCUCAAAGUGACCAAUCAGGAGAUGGAGGUACGGCUGGAGGGGAUCCAACGGGAGCUGCAGGAGGGUCAGGAUCGGCUGGUCACCCUCCAGGAGGAAGCAGCUCACCGGGAGGAGAGAGAGAGGGAGUGGAAUCAAUCGCUGGACACGGAGCGCGCAAAAGCUGAUGCUGCUGUUCAGCAGCUCCAGGUGGAGAUCGAGUCCCUGCGCGGUCAACAGGAGGAGACCAGCGCUGAGAACCAGCAGCUCAAAGUGACUAAUCAGGAGAUGGAGACGCAGCUGGAGGGGAUCCAACAGGAGCUGCAGAAGGCCCGGGAUCAGCUGGUCACCCUCCAGGAAGAAGCAACUCACCGGGAGGAGAAGGAAGGGCUCCAGAGAACUCGUUCCAUUCGACGCCGAGCCGUUCCCAACAAACCGGACACGCCGGGAGAGGAGUCUGGACUGAGGGUCGAGGGUCAGGACGUGUCCCCAGAAGCAGGUGGAGAUGUGGCCCAUGAGAAGACGGAGGCUGCCUCAGCAAGAGAUGAGGCAGCGGAGAAAAUUGAAGAGCUCCAGGCGGAGAUCGAGUCCCUACGCGGUCAACAGGAGGAGACCAGCGCUGAGAACCAGCAGCUCAAAGUGACCAAUCAGGAGAUGGAGACGCGGCUGGAGGGGAUCCAACAGGAGCUGCAAGAGGCUCAGGAUCGGCUGGUCACCCUCCAGGAGGAAGCAGCUCACCGGGAGGAGAAGGAAGGGCUCCAGAGAACUCGUUCCAUUCGACGCCGAGCCGUUCCCGACAAACCGGACACGCCGGGAGAGGAGUUUGGACUGAGAGUCGAGGGUCAGGACGUGUCCCCAGGAGCAGGUGGAGAUGUGGCCCAUGAGGAGACGGAGGCUGCCUCAGAGAAAAUUGAAGAGCUCCAGGCGGAGAUCGAGUCCCUGCGCGGUCAACAGGAGGAGACCAGCGCUGAGAACCAGCAGCUCAAAGUGACCAAUCAGGAGAUGGAGAUACGGCUGGAGGGGAUCCAACGGGAGCUGCAGGAGGCUCAGGAUCGGCUGGUCAUCCUCCAGGAGGAAGCAGCUCACCAGGAGGAGAAAGAAGGGCUCCAGAGAACUCGUUCCAUUCGACGCCGAGCCGUUCCCGACAAACCAGACACGCCAGAAGAGGAGUCCGGACUGAGGGUCGAGGGUCAGGACGUGACGCCAGUAGCAGAUGUGGCCCAUGAGGAGACAGAGGCUGCCUCAGCAAGAGAUGAGGCCGCUGGGAGAACUGAAGAGCUCCAGGCGGAGAUUGAGUCCCUGCGCGGUCAACAGGAGGAGACCAGCGCUGAGAACCAGCAGCUCAAAGUGACCAAUCAGGAGAUGAAGAUGCAGCUGGAGGGGAUCCAACGGGAGCUGCAGGAGGCUCAGGAUCGGCUGGUCACCCUCCAGGAGGAGAGAGAAGGGCUGAAGAGAACUCGCUCCAUCCGACGCCGAGCCGCUCCUGACACCUCGGACAAACCAGACACCCAGGGGGAAGAGCCUGGGCCAAGGGUCGAAGGUCAGGGCCUGACCCUGGAAGAAGGUGGAGAUGGGGUUCAUGAGGAAAAGGCAGCAGCCUCAGGAAGAGACGAGGCAGCAGAGAGGAUUAAAGAGCUCCAGGCGGAGAUCGAGUCCCUGCGCAGUCUUCUGGAGGAGACCUGCGCUGAGAACCAGCAGCUCAAAGUGACCAAUCAGGAGCUGGAGACACGAUUGACACAGAUCCGGCAGGAGCCGCAGGAGACUCAGGACCAUCUGGUGAGCCUCCAGGAGGAGACAGAGAGACUGCAGAGGACUCCCUCCAUCCAGCGGCAGACCACUCGCGACACUUCGAGCAAACCGGAGACCCUGGGAGAGGAUGCUGGCCCGAGGCUCGAUGGUGAAGGCAGAGACGGGGCUCAUAAGGAACCGGCAGCCACCUCAGUGGAGAAGCCCAACGACCUCGAACCAGAAUACAACAUCAUCUUUGUUGGGAAUGCGAGCGUUGGAAAAACAUCCUUCAUCCAGAAUUUCUGUGAGGGUCACUUCCAGCCAGGCCUCUCUUCCACUAUAGGAGUGGACUUUCGAGUGAAGAGCCUAAAUGUGGAGAACAGAUAUAUCGCCCUAAAGGUGUGGGACACAGCAGGGCAGGAGCGGUUCCGCAGUAUGACUAAACAGUUCUUCAGGAAAGCCGAUGGCGUGGUUGUGAUGUACGACAUUACGUCCACGAGCUCGUUCACUGAAGUGCACUACUGGCUGUCUUGUGUCAAGGAAGCAGCAUCUGACCAGGCCUGUAUUCUCCUGCUGGGGAACAAACUGGACAAAGACGCCCAUCGUCAGGUCACCCGAAUCGAGGGGGAACAGCUGGCUCAGGAGUUCAACAUCUUGUUCAAUGAGUGCAGUGCCUGUACUGGUGACAACAUCAUCCCUUGCAUGGUACACCUCUGCAGAUUGCUGAAACGGCAGGAAGAGAAGAUCAAAGGGGAGCCGAUGGAUUUGGUGAAGCCACCUAAAGUGAAACAGAAAUGCUGCACGUAGUCCAGUCACAGCCUGCAGCGAUGGGACAGAAUACAGUGUGGAGACACCCUCACACCGCACUGUCCCAUCACGGUGAGACAGGAUACAGACCACACUGUCCCACCGUGGUGGGACAGGACACAGACCAUACUGUCCCAUCACAGUGGGACAGGACACAGAGCUGAGACCCCCUCACACCACACUAUCCCAUCACAGUGGGACAGGACACAGACCAUACUGUCCCAUCACAGUGGGACAGGACACAGAGCUGAGACACCCUCACACCACACUGUCCCAUCACGGUGGGACAGGACAGAAACCACACUGUCCCAUCAUGGUGGGACAGGACACAGACCAUACUGUCCCAUCACAGUGGGACAGGACACAGAGCUGAGACACCCUCACACCACACUAUCCCAUCACAGUGGGACAGGAUACAAACCACACUGUCCCAUCACAGUGGGACAGGAUACAGAGCUGGGACACCCUCACACCACACUGUCCCAUCACGGUGGGACAGGAUACAAACCACACUGUCCCAUCAUGGUGGGACAGGACACAGACCACACUGUCCCAUCAUGGUGGGACAGGACACAGACCACACUGUCCCAUCACAGUGGGACAGGACACAGAGCUGAAACACCCUCACACCACACUGUCCCAUCGUGGUGGGACAGGACACAGAGCUGAGACACCCUCACACCUCACUGUCCCAUCAUGGUAGGACAGGACACAGAGCUGAAACACCCUCACACCACACUAUCCCAUCACAGUGGGACAGGACACAGAGCUGAGACACCCUCACACCACACUAUCCCAUCACAGUGGGACAGGAUACAGACCACACUGUCCCAUCACGGCGGGACAGGACACAGCGCUGAGACACCCUCACACCGCACUGUCCCAUCACAGUGGGACAGGACACAGACCACACUGUCCCAUCAUGGUGGGACAGGACACAAACCACACUGUCCCAUCACGGUGGGACAGGACACAGACCACACUGUCCCAUCACGGUGGGACAGGACACAGACCACACUGUCCCAUCACAGUGGGACAGGACACAGAGCUGAAACACCCUCACACCACACUGUCCCAUCGUGGUGGGACAGGACACAGAGCUGAAACACCCUCACACCACACUGUCCCAUCACAGUGGGACAGGACACAGAGCUGAGACACCCUCACACCGCACUGUCCCAUCACAGUGGGACAGGACACAGACCACACUGUCCCAUCACGGUGGGACAGGACACAAACCACACUGUCCCAUCACGGUGGGACAGGACGCAGACCACACUGUCCCAUCACAUUCUCCAGUUGUCUGGCCAGAGCGUCUCAGCGCUCUACACCAUGUUCCCCUGCGUGUGUUGGGACACGCUUCUGUUCUCGUGUCAUACGUCACAUCCUGGCUGUGUGACCUCAGAGCAGACAGCAGACAUUUACAGUCAGUUCACACUUCCCCUCGAUGGUGAGGAAGGCAAAUGCAAUGUUAGCAUUCAUUUUCAGAGGCCUAGAAUGUAAGUGCAAAGAUGCAACAGGGAGACUUUAUCAGGCAUUGGCCAGACCGCACGGAGUACUGUCUGCAGCUUUGGGCCUCUUAUUUAAGCUGGCAUUGAAGGGAUUCCAGAGGAGGUGCACAAGCAUGAUUCCAGGAAUGAAAGGGUUAACAUAAGAGGAGCAUUUGAUGGCUCUGGGCCUGUACUCACUAGCGUUUAGAAUGAAGAGGUAUCUCACUGAUACCUGUCGAAGAUUGGAAGGCCUGGAUAGAGUGGGUGUGGAGUGGAUCGUUCCAACAGUGGGUGACUGUUCAACUCUAGGAAGCGGGUGACUGCCUCAGAAUAGGCAGGCUUGCGUUUAGAACAGAGGUGAGGAGGGAUUUCUUUAUCCAGAGGCUGGAGAGUCUGUGGAAGUCAUUCCCAAAGACGUCUGUGCAGACCAAGUCACUGCGUAUAUUUUAAGCAGAAGUUGGUAGAUACUUGAGGAAUCAGGCUGUCAAAGGGAGAAAGCAUGAGAAUGGGGUAGGGAGGGAAAAUAAAUCAGCCACUCUUCAGACCAACUAUGCAUCUUGUCAAUAACAAUCAUCUGUUGUAAACCCCGACAUGAUUCAGAAAUCAACUGAUCUUCGUGUCAUCUGAAAACUUACCCAACCACCUUCCCCAUCUGAGUCAUUAUAAAAAUCACCGAAUCUGGGGACACCGGCAUGGUUCUCGAUCUCUGGUAAAUUCACAGUGAUUUUCAAAUGUUUCAUGGAAA